AUGACCUUUCCUCUCUUCAGCUUGGUGCAGUUCUCCGAGUGGCUCGAGGAGGGCGGCAAAAGGGACCUGGCCGAGAAAACCUUCAAGGCACUCGGCGCACCUGAUGAUCAAAUGCGAGCCACGGCACGCCGCGCCGUGCUCGGCCUCCUCAACCUGUUGGCCGUCAAGUCCACCUUCAUUUCCGCCUUAGUGACCACCCUUGCACCCAAGCUAGUCAACUCGAUCUCACAGAUCACUGCAAAAGAGAGAUUCGAACUGCUCAAGGCGAUGGUGGAAAAGGCACCUCUGGCAGUCAAGGCGUACAACAAACACAUCGAGUUCAUGGGCAACCACUUCAAUGCUGGCAUCAAGCUGGGCAAGGGCAAGUUCGGCAAGGUGUUUUUGGGCUACAACCAGACGAAUGCCGCUCCGGUAGCCAUCAAGAUCAUCGAUUGGAGGGUCAUCAUGAAGGACAAGCAGCCACAACAACUCGUGAGGGCCAAGAAGCAGCUCACCAACGAGAUUGCCAUCAUGAAGCAAGUCACCCACGUGAACGCGGUCCAACUCUACGAAGUCGUGCAAGUGGAUCAGCGCAUCUUCAUCAUCAUGGAAUACGUUGCCGGUGGUGAUCUGGGCAAUUAUUUGCGCAAGAAGGGACGCAUUCCGGAGCCAGAGGCUCGGCACUGGCUGCAGAACCUGGCAGCCGGUCUCAAAUACCUGCGCGAGAAGAACAUUCUUCACCGCGAUCUUAAGCCCGAGAACCUUCUGCUCACCGAGCCGUCUGAGAACGGUAUUCUUAAGAUCAGCGAUUUUGGUCUUGGGAGAUUCCUGGGUCCGGGUGAGUUGGCAGAGACGCAUGUGGGUACGCCCCUCUACAUGGCUCCCGAGGUGUUCAGGCCAAUACCGUUCACCGAGAAAUGCGACCUGUGGAGCGUGGGUAUUAUCACCUACGAAAUGGUGGUGGGUGAGCUGCCCUACAAGGGCAAUAAUAUCUCGCAGCUGCUGCACAACAUAUCGCACCAGUCGCUCAUAUUCCCUCCCGAUAUCGGACUCAGCGAGGAGAUAAAGCACUUGCUGACCGGCCUGCUGCAGAAGGAUGCCGACAUGCGGCUCGGGUGGAACGAGUUCUUCGCGCACCGGUGCCUACAGCCGAUCACUCCGCGUGCCGCUACCCCCAAGUCGUCGGCGUCGUCGUCCACGACCAGCGCCGCGGCGCUGAAGCAGAUUGCGCAGCUGGAGGCGGAGCUGCAGGAAAAGGAGCAAGAGAUCGGGAAGCUGAACGAGACCAUCGCCAAGUGGGACGAGGAGAAGGCCAACCAGUUCAACAAGAUCAAGGAGCUGUUCGAGCGGGAGAACAACGAGCUGCGAGCUGCGCUCGAGACGCAGAAGAAGGAGGGCAAGGAGCGCGAGGAGCUCCUCGUCACCCAGAUGAACGAGAUGAAGAAGCAGCACAUGGCCGAGAUGGCCACAUACAAGGACAUGCUUUCUUCCAGGGAGCAAAAGAACGUGGAACUGGAGAAGCAAAACUACGCGUUCAAGAGCUCGGUCGAGCAGCACCUGUCGGUGAUUCAGCAGCAGGAGAUGAUCAUCAACGCCCAGGACGAGGAGCGCGUCAAACGAAAGAAGGAAAAGGAGCGACGCAGCCGAGAGCUCCCCGUGAAGGAGAAGUCCAAGAACAUGCUGGAGCUCGUGGCCCCCAGCCAAGUCGAGGAGCCACUCUCCCCUAGACGAGAGACCCUGCGCCCAGGUGAGGCCACGCUCAAGAUGCGCACCAACGUGGAGUGCCGAUAUCGCACAAACAGCAAGAGGGGAAUCGCCUGCGCCUCCAUUUUGACUCUAACUGCGCUGUGCCGCAGAGGCGACGCCACCCUCGGGGCCGUGCAGAACGCGAACAAGUCUCGAAUCAUCGCAGUCAACACGCUGGGACGACCAGAGGACACGUCGUCGCCCUACUCGCCUGUCCUCUUCUCGUCGCACCUCGAGAUAAACGAGAAGAACCGCGUGCUGGGUUCGUUGGACUUCAUUGCCGCGUCUGGUUUCCUGCAGAACACGUCGUACUUUUUCGUCUACGGGCACACAGGCUAUUCGCACGCCCUCCUGUUCGAGUUGUAA